CGGGGAGGGCGUUCCCGGACGCCUGGGCCCCGAGGAAGCAGUUCCGCCGCUUCCUGCGCGCUGCCGGGUGGUGAGUGCGCGGCGGCGGCGGCGGCUCCGGUCCGAAGCCGCGGGGAUGGGCGCGGGCCGGGGCCGGGAUCGCGGGGGCGGCCGCCGGGUGCCCCGACCCCACCUGGGUGCCCCCAGCCCUGCCCGGGUCUCCCCGUCCUGCCCAGGCAGCGGGGUCGCGCGCAGCGAUGCCCGAGGUGCCCUUGAUCUGCGCCGACACUGCCACACGGGUGAGCUCCGUGCUCAACCGGGACGUGAAGCAGUUCGGGAAGAAGCACAUGUUCGACGCGAACGAGGAGACGUGCUGGAACUCGGACCAGGGCCCGUCCCAGUGGGUCACCCUGGAUUUCCCCCGCACCGUCAAGGUCUCGCGGCUCCACAUCCAGUUCCAGGGGGGAUUCUCCAGCCGGCUGUGCACGCUGGAAGGCUGCAGGACGGGCGAAGAACUGGUGAAAAUAUCCGAUGUGUACCCCGAGGACAGCAAUGCCCUGCAGAGCUUCCAGGUGGAAGAGACGGUGCUGGAUAAGCUGAAAAUCACCUUUGAGAACAGCACUGACUUCUUUGGGAGGCUGGUCGUGUACCACCUCGGGGUGCUGGGGCAGCGGCUCUAGGGCGGCGGCGAGGCACCGUGGGCUGGGUCGCUCCCCGGCCGCCGGGGCCCCCGCAGAGCCCGUCACCAGGGGCUCUGCCCUGCGCGGGGACGUGGGGCGGUGAGCCCUGCCGGGGGGACAUGCUGGCCCCACGUGUGCCCCAAGGUGCUGGCGGAGGGGGACCCUGCUGCCCCGCGGGAUGGCCAGCUGUGACAGAGGGAGGCCAGUGCACAAAGCCACGUGCCUGGACUCGCAAGCCAGCCUGGGGCCUCUGCUACAGGACAGAGCCCGUAUGAGCGGCUGAAUAAAUGGUUGUGGCCUCCUGCA